ACAGCUUUCACAGUAGUGCACGCGGUUCAUGUGAAAUUAAUCAAUUUUCGCAUUUGGAAUCACGACCAGACAAAUUGCAGUCAUGUGGUUUACCGGCGCUGGGGGUUCGCUUUUAAGGCUAUAUAAAUGGAGAAAACUGGACCACACGCGGUGAACGUUUGUCGUGAGCACUAAUAAAACACAGUUUUGUGCCAUUCUGUCAAUCGAACCGUAAUCUGUAAUAGAACUACCAUCAGACAUUAUGAAUAUUGCUCUACGGGUAGUGUUUUUACUGGGAUCCCUGGUGAUUCUGACUGUUUCGAGCUGCAGUAUGAUAAACGACGAUGCAACUGAAUUGCAGGAAGCUCUAUUGGCUGAUCCUGCAACGAGCACUUUGGAUAUGAAAAACUACACCAUGGAGGAUAUCUACGCGGAAUGCAACAAAACCUUUAUUAUCACGAUGGAUUAUUUGACCGAACUGAACGACACGGGCAGCUUCCCGGAUGAAACGGAUAAAACUCCAAUGUGCUUCAUGCGAUGUUUCCUGCAACAGCGGGCCAUCCUCAACGAGGACGAUAAAAUCAACAAGGACCAGGCAGUAGCUACCGGCUGGGUUCAAAACGGUGAUACUAUAGACGAGUGCUUACAGGAUAUGGUCGGAAGCCCCUGCGAACGAGCCUAUUUUCUGGUUCGGUGUGUGAGCACUCGACAUCUAGUUGAUGGCCGAAGCAAGGAUAGUAAAAAGUGAUAAAAACGAUAGUUAAAUGAUACUACCAGUUAUAUUGAAUUACUAGAAUAUAGAGAGAGAGACAUUGCAGUA